GACUUAAUGUUAAAGACAUGUACACAACCGACAUAUAUUCUACUAUUCAAGUCUCUUUCAGUCAAAAAUACUUUCGCAAUCUUUUUAUUUGGAAUAAAGAAAUUUCUAAUAAAAAUGAUUUUCUUGACCUAUACAAAAUAAUUUCAAAGUUUACUAAUAGUAAAUGGUUAAUCGUUGGAAAUUCAUUAACAGAUGAUAAUGAUAAUGACUUAUGGGUACAGUUCCAGAAGCAAACAAAUAAGAAACUUAAGAAACAUAUUUCAUAUUCAAGCGAAUAUGAGAUCUUUGACAUUCUAAAAGAAGAAAUUUCUCUGAUUUAUGCUAUCUACAAAAAAAUAAAAGCCGAUCAAAAAGAUUUAUUU